UUUUGUUCCCUUCCAGCCGAAUAUCCAUUAUCACAAAGUCCAAGAAUGAAAACCAGAGGUGAACCCCCAAACACCAACCGGCAAAUUCGCAUGUCGCUUCAUGUCUUUGCUUUACACCUGACAGCACAAACUGCCAGGUAACUCACCAACAGCCGGCAGAUACAGGGCAACCGACGCCUGCGCAAAGCGACAGAGGAUUCCUUCCAUCCUCCUGUUUCCCUUCUGCUUUCGCAACUGGAAAAUCAAACGCCGACGAUAUCCAUAACCAAAGCCAAACAACGUCCCGCAGCUUCCAACACAACACUGGCCUCUGGCCCCUCGGUUUUAAGCAAGUGUCGCCAAAAAGAUUUUAUACAAAUAAGAGGAGGAGUGCUACACGAUGAGCAUCGACGAGGCAAAGGAGGGCGGCGGAGGCCCUGCCAUGUCUCCUCGCGCUUUUGCGCUUGCGCACCAGAGGGACAGGGGCAGCUUCGUGGGCUGCUCUAGGAUUGCCGACUAUGAAGUCCUGGGUAAACUGGGCGAGGGUACCUUUGGCGAGGUUCACCGCGCGAGGUCGAGGAAAACGGGCGCCUUGGUCGCACUCAAGAAGAUCAUCAUGCACAACGAGAGAGAUGGGUUCCCCAUCACCGCUCUUCGAGAAAUCAAGUUGCUCAAGCUUCUCUCGCACAAAAACGUCUUGCGCCUAGAGGAGAUGGCGAUUGAGCAUCCACCCAGAACCGACAAGCGAACAAGACCUAUCGUAUACAUGGUCACACCCUACAUGGACCACGAUUUAUCCGGCUUGCUCGAUAACCCGUCAGUUCGCUUCACUGAACCACAAGUUAAAUGUUACUUGCUGCAGUUGCUAGAAGGUCUCAAGUAUCUGCACGCGAACCACAUUCUGCACAGAGAUAUGAAGGCGGCCAAUCUUCUCAUCAACAACAAGGGUGUACUACAGAUUGCCGACUUUGGUCUAGCGAGGCAUUACGAGGGCGACAUUCCCCAACCCGGGAAGGGAAGCGGCGAGGGGAAGCGUGACUACACUAGCUUGGUGGUGACCAGAUGGUACCGCCCUCCCGAGCUUCUGAUGCAUCUCAAAAGGUACACCACAGCAAUAGAUAUGUGGGGUGUUGGAUGCGUAUUCGCAGAGAUGCUGGAAGGAAAGCCAGUCCUACAGGGCGAGAGCGAUCUUCACCAGUUAGAGCUUGUUUGGGACCUCUGCGGAACACCAUCUGAGGAGACGAUGCCGGGAUGGAGGACGUUACCCGGUGGCCAGGCAUUCUCGUCAAAGCCUAGGCCAGGAAAUCUGGCACGCAGAUUUGAGAAGCACGGACCCGUGGUUAUUUCGCUGCUUAAGGAGCUGUUCAAGCUUGACUGGAGGUCACGCAUCAACGCGAUUGAUGCUCUCAACCACCCAUAUUUCCGGACUGCGCCACUACCAGCUCUACCUGGCGAUUUACCAACGUUCGAGGAGAGUCACGAAUUCGACAGGCGCAAGUUUCAAGACAGGAAAGCGGCAUUGCCGCCUGCGCCUAAGGGAGGCACGGUGGGCCGCGGGGCUGUUGUUAACAGCCAAGGCCCAGAUACCGGAUUUAGCGGUAGGGAUGGUUACGGCGGUGGUGGUCGUAAUGGGGCAAACGGCGGCAGAUACCCGCCAUACCACCGUGGUCCCCCACCAGGCGACGAGCGAGUUCCCUCGUGGCAUAGUGCACGGGGAUUGCCUCCACGACCUCCGAUGCCCGCAGACUACCAUGGCAGCGGGCCGAUGGACCACACCGAUGGGUACCGUGACCGUCCACCACGUAGAGGUCCCGGCGGACCGCCCGGAGGGGGAGGUGGUCCGAGCAACGUAGACACUUACAUCCCCAGCUACGACCGCGACGGACCCGCGCCGCGCCGAGAGGACUGGCGCCGCCGUGAUGACUGGGAUGACAGGCGAGGUGGAGUGGACCGGGAUAGAAGACGGCCAGAAUAUGACGUUAGGAGCCGGGACAGCAGGACGAGGAGCCGAACACGCAGCAGAUCCCCGGUCCGUGACCGCGAUCGAGGUCGGGACCGCGAUGCAUAUGCGCGAAGAUAGAGUUCUUCGCCUGGUGUAGAAAGCUCUGAUAGUUGCCAUGCCGAGAACCAUAGGAGUAACUCGGAGGAAGAAGAGUGCAGUACAUCUGAUGGGUAUGAUGGUGAUAGGCCCAACGGGGAUGAGGGGGACAAUAGUAAUAAGCCUGAUAGGGGUGAGCGGGACAAUACCUCUCAAUCUGAAGAAGGGUAUUCCGAAUCACCUCUAUGGGUGUGACAGCGAUAUGCCGACUUGGGUUUUUAGUAAGAGUUGUGGACCUAGCGGAGAUGAUGGAACGACACCGAGACGACCAGAAUAGGUCCUAGAGGACAUGUGAUAAAUAGCGCUCGUGCUGCUAGAAGCGGAACUGCAAAAAGCGUUACAAUCAAGGAGGGAGAAUGCAGGCUGUCCUCGAGGCCACGAGAGUUGGGGUGCAAAGUAGGCCGUUCGAGAAGCCGUAGUGGGGAUUAGGAUCGCCAAAAAGCAAUAGCAAUGCGUGCAUGCCUUGAAUAAAGAUGGUGUUAGCCUGGUGGGAGUUUGAGGCGAUUCACUGUGAUGGCGAUCACGAUGAACGAGCGUCAGAAGGUCG